GUAAACAUAUUCAUCGAAACCAAUACUCGUUCCCGUGCUUCUGUGUUGAAGCUGCUAUAAACCAGAAGGGUGAAGAAGACGAAGACAGCAAAAAUCUUAGAGUAACCCCAAAAGAAUGGAUGGAUUGAGGAAGCUAGAAAAUGUACAGAAAAUUAUACAAAUGAUGGGGUCUCACGGUAUCAUUAGUUCUUCUAGCAACACCCAUAAUGCCAGCUCUCUUCGUUUUCUUGCAGAUGUAGUCCUUCUUUUGGUAUCGCGAUGCUGUGAACUUGACAUUGGUGCCAAGUGCCAAUUGAUUAUUGACCAUGUGCCAAAGUUUUCACAUGCUUUCCUUGAGGAAGCAUUGCAGUGUGCUAGUGAGCAAGGUGUUGAACAAAAGGUAAAUACCGGUCCACUUGAUUGUGGUGAUAAGAUUAUACCGGAUCCAUCUAAAAUGGGAUCCGAGGAUAUGCCAAUGAUUGGGCUUGAUGCUAUGCAACGAGCUAAUUCUACUUUAGAAGAUUUUUGCAGGUCUUAUUUUAUGUUUCACAAAAUGGAUCCUCACCAACCUCAGUCUAUGUUCAGAUACCUACCGAUACUUUCAUUUACUGAAAGUUACAUUUAUCAGGAGAUACUUUCCUUAUUAACAACCGUGACUUCUUUCCUCUGCUGUUCACUCCUUUUUCUCCCCCUUUGCUUUGUUUGGGUAAAAAGGACACUACGGUUGGAUAAUUUAAAUGAGAAACUGUUGCAGCCAUCAGUGGGGAAGGACCAAUCGUCAUAUCGUGAAUACAGUGUGGAAGAAAGCUGGGAGCUUACAUAUGUGAGAAUGAUGACCAAUGAUCCGUUUAGACCUCUUUCUAUUUUACUUCAGCAGCAUGGGCUUUUGACAGACAGGGUAAGAGAAGAGUUUAGUGGUGGAGUAGAAUAUUGGUCUCUGGAGAGAAAGCUGUGUCAUGCACUUGGGAUUAAACGAGAGAUUUCAGUUGAAGAUGUCAUGAAGGCAAUUCAUCUGAAGUCCUUUGAUUACCGGGUGCUGAAUCUUCUGUUGUAUCAACUAAGAGGUGAAAAGGUCAAUGAUAUGCAUAUGGAGUUUUUGACGAUAUCGGAGUUUCUUGUGGAGAUAUCCGAUGACUUGUUUGACUAUGAGGACGAUGUGUUAGAGAAUAGUUUCAAUAUUCUGCGCAUGUUCAACGGAAUUUAUGGGGCUUCUACAGCACCAACCAUGCUGGCAAAAGUUAUAACUGAAGCUGAAGAGAAGUAUGAGAAUCUUUUGAAAGCUCUCGAUUCCGAGCUCUCUCUGAAGUAUCAGAAGAGAUGUGAAGAAGCUACUAAAGAAGGCGGGAAGACGUCAGGUCCAUCUCUUGGAACAUGGAGUAUACCUUCUGUUAUUGAAGACGAGGAACUAUAUCGAUCUGAUGUUAUGAAUUCGAAGCCAUCACAAAAUACUUGACAGCAGUCCAACCCUACCAGCCAGAAACCACAAAAAUGGCAGCUGAAACAACGUAAAUCUGCAUAAACGAAAACAAAAAAAGACUAUCUGGAGGUCAGCAUCUAAUCCUCCUCAUCUACCAUCAUAGAGGCUUCCCUUUUUGUCUCUUGAUCCCUCAUUCCCCUCGAAAAGAGGCUCGCUUCUGAUUAGCUAGUUGGGUAGUAUUAUUCAAGAUUGCUAACAACUAAACAACAACAAAUCUAGUGUAAUCCUAUGAGUGAGGCUUUAUGUUCUACACCUCUUUAUUAAAAGAGAAAAAAACACUAGGUCAUUUCUUCCUCCCUUCUGCCUAAGCCUUGGCGAUGGAGUCACCAAGUACCUGUACUAGUGAAAGGUAACAUGUACUCCAUAGAAUAGUCGUGGUGCACGACAAGCUAGUCUGAACACCACCAUCACAAGAAAAAAAAGUUUAUGCUUAUUUAUCAAAAAAAGUGAAAAGAUUUCUACUUCAUGUUCUAAAACCAGGAGUUAAGGUAUUUUGAACAAUUUUUGCAUUGUUGUACAUUAUUUAUUUCGUUGUGGUGGACACAGAUUAUGGUAGAAGGUCACAAAAUGCUUUGUCUUGCUUUACCAUGGUUUCUUCACUUCAGAUUUUUCCUUUUCUGAAUUGCUUUGAUUUCCUAAGAUAAGGGUAAAGUCUGUGUUCACUCUACCCUCCCGAGACCCCUCUUACGGAACUACACUGGAUAUGUUAUUGUCGCUGUACAUUAUUUAUUUGGAUUUGGCAACAAAUGAUAAUAUCCACUGGUGCUGGUGUGAAAAUGAGGACACUCAACAUGUGAGUGAAGAUGUAAAAUUUAUGUUUGUAUGCAAAAUAUUCUUUGAAGAUCUGACAUGAAUUGGCAUUUUAUCAAAAAA